AGGGCGCCGGCCACGUCCGCCGACGCGCCGCGCUCUUCCCUUGCGUGACGUGGCCGCGCAUGCGCCGACGUGGCACUGCCAUGGCCGCCGCCUGAGUCCUGUCAGCGCUCAGCCUGCGUCCUGCGAGUCGACCUGGAAUUGUACGGAGCCAUGCUACCGUCACAGCCGAUGGGAGGGAUCCCUCCCCCUGGCCCUCCAGGUUCUUACAGACCCCAAGCAAGGCCCCCUGGUACCUACCCAGGUGGCCCACCUACUUGCCCCCCAGGUGGCCCGCCUACUGGCCCCCCAGGUGGUCCUCCACCUGGCCCUCCGACAGGCCCUCCAGGUGCCCCUCCCUCUUUCUCAGGGAUGAAUCAGCAGAUGGCAGGACUGAAUCUGGGCCCUCCAGCUGGGCCUCCCCAGGGCAUGCCAUCAGGGCCUAUGAUGAAACAACACCCCUCAGGACCAGGACCUAUGGCUAAUGGUCUUCCUCAAGGUGGUCUUCAGAAUGGUCCUCCUGGCCCACCCCCUAACACAGCAGGAGGGCCACCAGGUGGGAUACCCACUGGCCCUCCCUCAGGGGCACCUGGAGCAUCGCCAGCAGGACUCCGGCAUCCUACACCCUCCACCACUCCUGGAGCCACUGGGCCACAGGGGAGUUCCCCGAGACCCAUGGCUCCUCAGAUGUCAGCUCCUCCUCGCCCUGCACAGCCUGCCUUCCCUCCAUCUUCUGCGGCAGGCCCUUUGGGGGCAGGGCAGUCCAGUUAUUCGUCUAUGCAAGGUGCCCCUGGUGGGCAGCCCUCUUACCCACCAUCAGGAACACAACCUAGUUUCCCACCAUCUUCAAUGGCUGGUCCAAUGGGUGGACAACCCUCAUUCCCAACAGCAAUGGGUGCUCCUCCAACAUCGAUGGGAGGCCCACUGGGUGGGCAGCCUGGCAUGCCUCCUUCAUCAGUGGCUGGGGCACCAGGUGGGCAGCCAGGCUUCCCUCCGUCGUCAAUGGCUGGGGCACCAGGUGGGCAGCCAGGCUUCCCUCCGUCGUCAAUGGCUGGGGCACCAGGUGGGCAGCCAGGCUUCCCUCCAUCGUCAAUGGCUGGGGCACCAGGUGGGCAGCCUGGCUUCCAACCUAUGUCAGUGGCAGGACCUCCACCAGGAGUACGUCCAUCUGGUUUUCCUCCAUCUUCCAUGGCAGGACCUCAACCUCAGCCUGGAGGACCUGUUUCUAUGGGUGCACCACCAAGACCUGGGAUGCCCUCAGGCCAAGGAAUGCCCCCAGGCUCGGGAAUGCCCCCAGGCUCGGGAAUGCCCCCAGGCUCGGGAAUGCCCCCAGGCUCGGGAAUGCCCCCAGGCUCGGGAAUGCCCCCAGGCUCGGGAAUGCCCCCAGGCUCGGGAAUGCCCCCAGGCUCGGGAAUGCCCCCAGGCUCGGGAAUGCCCCCAGGCUCGGGAAUGCCCCCAGGCUCGGGAAUGCCCCCAGGCUCGGGAAUGCCCCCAGGCUCGGGAAUGCCCCCAGGCCCGGGAAUGCCCCCAGGCUCGGGAAUGCCCCCAGGCUCGGGAAUGCCCCCAGGCCCAGGAAUGCCUCCAGGCCCUGGCAUGCCCCCAGGGCAAGGGAUGCCUCCAGGCCCAGGAAUACCUCCAGGCCCUGGCAUGCCCCCAGGGCAAGGGAUGCCUCCAGGCCCUGGUAUGCCCCCAGGGCAAGGUAUGCCUCCAGGCCCUGGUAUGCCCCCAAGGCAAGGUAUGCCCCCAGGGCAAGGGAUGCCUCCAGGCCCUGGUAUGCCCCCAGGGCCAGGAAUGCCUCCAGGCCCUGGUAUGCCCCCAGGGCACGGGAUGCCUCCAGUACCUGGAAUGUCCUCAGCCCCAGGCAUGCCUCCCCGUCCAGGGAUGCCGCCAGGACCAGGGAUGGCACCUGGGCCAGGGAUGCCUCCAGGACCCAGACCAAGCAUGCCUCCUCCAAGCAGUGCAGGUGGUCCUCCGGUCAAUGGCAUGGGAGGUGGUAUGCAGUCCCGGUACCCUGGCUCAGGGGCAGGGCCAGGUGCAGGGGGCUACCCGAGUGCGCCUCAGAGCCAGGGACGCAGGCUGAACCCAGAUGACAUGCCCAGUCCUUUGCAAGUCAUGGAAGAGGACAGUCGAUGCCGCAGUGGAGAGUUUAUCACUAACAUCAAGGGACAGGUUCCACCUCUGGUUACAACGGAAUUCUCAGUAAAGGAUGGUGGCAACGCAUCGCCCCACUACUUUAGGUCGACCAUGUACAGCAUCCCUCACACUCCAGAUAUGAUAAAACAAACUCAUGUUCCCUUUGGCCUUGUCAUUAGCCCCCUGGCCCAGGUGGGCAGCCAUGACAGUUCGUUGUAUAUUGGAACGAGCUUAGAAUCGGGCCCUGUCAGGUGCAACAGGUGCAAGGGCUAUAUGAGUCCCCUCAUGCAGUUCAUGGAUGGAGGAAGGAAAUACCAGUGCAAGCUAUGCCGCGGAGUAGUGGAAGUGCCAAAAGAAUAUUUCUGUCACAUGGAUGGCCAAGGAUCACGUGCAGACAAGUAUCAGCGGCCAGAAUUGUGCUGUGGUACUUACGAAUACAUUGCCACACCGGAAUAUUGUCGAGACAAGCAAUUGCCUAAAGAGCCUGCCUUCAUCUUCAUCAUAGAGAUGAGUCUGCUGAUGAUGCAGAGAGGAGUGAUCCACCUUUUAUGCCAGAAUAUGAAGUCCAUUCUGGAGCACUUGCCUCGGGACUCUGCUAAUGGCACUCCAGACACUGAAUCACGGAUGAAGGUUGGGUUCAUCACUUACGACUCUGCAGUUCACGUCUACAAGCUUGAUGGACAGGCACCAGAAAUGUGUGUUGUCUGUGAUCGCGAUGAGAUGUUUGUACCAGUGCCUGGAGGAGUUCUCUGCAGUCCCCAGGAGGCUGCUGAUAACAUUGAUAAAUUAAUGGAAAGUAUUCCCGACAACUUCAAGGCUACACGGGAGACCUCAGGUGCCCUUGGCUGUGCUAUCCAGGCAGGUAUGGCUGCCUUGCAGGCUUCUGGGAGGGUUGGCAAAUUAUUUGUUUUCCAUUCCUCUUUGCCUGUGGGCGGUGGCCCUGGCAGCUUAAAGAACAGAGAGGAGAGGAAACUUCUUGGCACAGAGAAGGAGAAAAGUGUGCUGACACCACAAGGAAGCUACUACAAUAAUCUUGGCCAAGAUUUGGUUGCUGCUGGCUGCUCUGUUGAUUUAUAUAUAUUUAAUGAUGGCUAUGUAGACUUAGCAACCAUUGGCCAAGUACCUAGACUAACUGGGGGCCAAAACUACAAGUAUACUUUCUUCCAGUCCAACAAAGAUGGUCCUAGGCUUCUAGAGGACCUAAAACUUAACAUAGGAAGAAAUAUUGCUUUUGAUGCUGUGAUGCGGGUUAGAACGUCACAAGGUGUGCGACCUGUGGACUUCUUUGGUCAUUUCUUCAUGUCAAACACCACUGACAUAGAAUUAGCAAGUAUAGAUGCCAGUAAAGCUAUUGCAAUCGAGGUGAAGCAUGACGACAAGCUGACAGAGGAAGAUGGAGUAUAUAUACAAGUGGCCUUGCUAUACACCUCUUGCAAUGGCCAGAGGCGACUACGAAUUUUAAAUAUGGCUCUUAAUAUAUGCACUCAAAUGGCUGACCUUUAUAAGAACUGUGACUUAGAUACUCUAAUGAACUUCUUUGGUAAACAGUCAAUUACGAGGUUAUUGGAGACCAAUGCAAAACAGGUAAAGGAUGACCUUAUCAGCAGAACAGCAAACAUUUUGGCUUGUUACCGCAAGAACUGUGCAUCCCCUUCGUCUGCUGGACAGCUAAUACUUCCAGAAUUAAUGAAGUUGUUGCCACUUUAUAUUAACUGCCUGAGUAAGAGUGAUGCCAUGAGUGGUGGCCAAGACCUGACCUGUGAUGAAAGAUCGUUGCAGAUGUAUCUCUUGAUGGCCAUGUCAGUGGAUGCAUCGGUUGUGUAUUAUUACCCACGGCUCCUUCCCCUCUCUGAUGAUGAUCCACAGAACACUGGAGUUCCUGCUCCACUUCGCACGUCCUAUGACAAACUGCGGCCAGAUGGUGUAUUCCUACUUGAAAAUGGAGUCCAGAUGUUUAUUUGGGUUGGUUCCAGUACUUCUCCAACCUGGUUAGACAAUGUGUUUGGAGUAAAUGCCCCUCACCAGCUAGACCCUGUGAUGGCUGAGCUGCCUGAGCUGGACAAUCCAAUCUCGAGGAGAGUGCGGGACAUCAUUGCCUCAAUACGUGCUCAGAGGAAGAGGCAUGUCAGGAUGUUUGUGGUUCCUCAACAAGGAAAGCAUGAAAUGGUAAUGCGAAAUUAUUUAGUAGAAGACAAGAGUAUGUACGGUGCUCCUAGUUAUGUAGACUUCCUCUGCCACGUACACAAGGAAAUCCGCGCGCUCCUUUCCUGAGAAAGGAAGCAGCACUACCCGUGGACAUCACCAUCAAUGUCAUCGCCGUCUGUUGAUGCCUUCCCCUCCAGUAAUUUGAGUUACCCUUGUGAGGCUCAGUUAUGUCCAUCACAGCCUGUCCUUCCUCCGCUCAGUUCCAGUGUAACUGCCUCCAGCAUCACUCCCACCACUGUAGAAAAUGUAGAAUGUAGAGGAAUCCCAAGCACCUCGACCAUCACGCCUCAAGCCCAGUCAGGCAGAGGGUCGUCUCCACUUUUCCAAAGGAAAACUACCUUGGAUGCCACCAGCCCAUCCCAAUCUCAGCCCAAGGGCAAAGUCACCUACCCAGGAGUAGCCUUCACACUCAAGAAUUGGCACUGACGUUUCUUGAGGUUUCCCUUAUUCCCUCCCUGCUUAUUUCUCUCUUUGUGGCCAUGACUGAAAUUAAGGUGAUAGGUGAUGCAACAGCAAUUGUUCGUCUGCAGCCUCGUGCUAAGCUAAAGUUACAGGAAACAGAAGAAUUUUACAGUUGCUGUGUGUGUAGCAUCUGUGAUCUGCAAAACUAAACUCAUGGGUAGUGCUGAUUGUGUCAUGCUUCUCUUAAGGUAGAAAGGUUAUGAUGAUAAUUAUGAAAUAAAUGAUCAAAUGGGACAAUGAGAGUACGACUGAUUGUCACAGAAGGUACUUGAAAGGGAACUGAAUGGCGAUGGAUAGAUUUUUAUACAGACUUUGUUACAUUGUAGCUUUCUUCUGAGGAGAGGAAUCGUGUUGAAUGAGCAAGGCUUGUCCCGGUGAUGUAUGCUGUGUCAAUGGAGAAAGAUUUAUUUUUAUGUAACUUAAUACUUGAUAGAUUUUCACAUAUAAGGAAUUUUUUAAUGAACAACUAUUUUAUGUUUUACAUUAUCCGAAGUUUAGUUAGUAAGGGAAUACUGCAUUUCAUUUUUGAAGCUCUUGUUAUUUAAUUGGUCAAAUAGAACUCUAAUGCAUAUUGGGAGGAGACUUUGUUAGAUAAAUAUUAUUAUAUUAAGCCAGUUUUUAUGGCAAAUGCAAUAUGUUAUAUUUCGGUGUUACGUUAUUCCAAGUCCAGUAAAGUUGUUGGCUUGUA